AUGGCAUCCAACCUCGCUGGGCCAUCGGGUAGCUUUCGAAAGAACAAUAGCUCCGACGAAUCGGAUAAAACAAGAGGAUCAGGAGACUCAACUGUGACCACUGUUAAACAUCACAGAACCGACAGGUACGACUUCAAGGAACCUUCUGAAGAAGAGGCCUCGUUGUACUAUUCGUCUUUCCCAUCGCAGCCCCGUCUGUUAGGACGCACAUCGAGUGCAACGACACCCUGGUUCUACGAGACAUGGCCACCAAGAGGCCAUUACUACCCAUUUGGGCGGGAGUGCGUUCUUUAUUCUGCGACUGUCUCCGGUCCAGUCAGUCCUCACGCUAUCCACGCAUUGUGGGAGUCGACAACGCGGCAGAAAGUCAUUGGUGCCCUUUCUCUGAUCGACUGGACAUCGAUUGACGUCCUCCGCAUUGGACGUGCGACACGAGCUCAACACGACAGACCUGUGAUCGUGUCGGUCGGCGUCGCGUCCCGUGCCGUGGACAAUCAAAAUGUGUCCUGGUCACUGGUCUCGUGCAUCCUGGGGCGGAUUCGCCGCGUCCUGGAUGACGAUGGAUUGUGCGACGUGGAGUGCGAGUUGCGCGUCUCGGAUGUUUUGCGUGCUGCCGGCCCGCGUCUCACCGCACCGCUGCUGGGCAGAGGUCGCAUUCUACACAAACAGCACGAUGAUCGGGCAAAGCAUCGAACGGCGUGUCAAACCAAAGACAACGACAAGCACGAAAAGAAAGACAGAAACAACGUUACCCGGGGCACUCUUGGCCUAUAUCUUGCUCCAGUGCAGUCUUCGCCCACCCCGGUACUGUCGGCCAGCGACGUACCUGACCCGAGUGCGAUAGAAAACACGAGCGAGAAUGAGCCCGUUUGGGGUCUAACUUGCCAUCACGUGGUCUUUGAAGACGAUUCCAAAACUGUCACCACACCGGCUGCAUUCGUUUUUCUGAGUGACGGUCGCUAG